AUACAACCCAUAUAGACCAGAAGCAUCCGAAUAUCAAGGCGUGCUAAUUAGCUAAUUGGCAAUAUAUUUCACCUGUUUACGUCCACUUUUAGCGGAAACAUCGCAGGAAAGAAUUGACAAUAGCUGGGACAGUGUAGGAAGCCGACCUGCUUGCUAAAUAGUGGAGAAAGUCAACACAACGUGACACUAAAAUGUCACGAAAUCAUUCAAAGUUAAUAUUUGUACGUUCACUACUACUUGCCAAUGGUUUAUUUACCGCAAACUGCGACCUGUCCUGGAUAAAUAACUUUAGGAAUGACGCUUACAACCCUCCCGAUGACCGUCAUGGUAAUGAGGGCAACGCCUUCUUCGCACUGCGAAGCUGCCACCAGGUGAUGCGUGGCAAGAGCGGCGAGUUCUUCUCCCCAGAUUACCUGUGCUCCAACCCACCUCUCUGGUGCAACUGGACCAUCCAGGUAGACCCUGGUAAACGUGUGCUCCUCCACCUAGAGGACUUCACCCAGUCAGAUGCAUGCAGCGGGAAGCUGGACCAGAUCCACCUGGACGAGCCCCUGGGGGUCGUGGGGGGUCACAGGAUCCUGGAGAAGUGUUGGCGUGAGGCCAAGUACACAUCCCUCUCCAACAUCCUCCACGUGGUUCAGCUAAUCAGAGGUAAACCCAGUCCGCCCCACAGGGGCUUCUAUGGGCGAUAUGAGGCAUUCGUACCGCCAGUCACGUACAAUGCUUAUGGUGAUACCACUGAAGAAGACUGGAAGCUGAUGACUGAACCAAAACUGAUAGAACUGGAACCUUUUCCCUCUCAGAGAAGUUUCACUAAGAUUCUUCCCAUGAAGGGGGGUGAACCUACGGAGGCCAUUUUACUGGAGCGCCCCACCCUGCCAGCUCAGACCAAACCGGAGGUGGUGUUUGACUAUUUUGACCAACUCACUUCCUCCUCUGUGUCCAAUGGGCUUCCACCAUGGGAAGCAGAGGAGCAAAUGGUCAGAGAGGGGCUCUUCAAGUUUUCUCCUGUUCAGAGUGAGGAGGAAGAUUGGAACAGAGGAAUCUCAGAGGGGACUGAAGCAGAUGAGAGCCACUUGACAAAGGACUGGAAAGUGGGUAACUUGAGUGGAGAUGUGGCGGUCACUCGUCAUGGGACGUCAUGGUCGGGGAGGGAUGCCACUCAGACCCACACAGCACACCUUGGAAGUGACCCCUCCACACACCAGCCCCCUGUUUUGAAUCCCAAAUCCUCAUUGCGCACUCCGUCUGCUAUGCGAAGGAACGUGGAUGCUCAAACUACAGAUACCAUCCCUCCUAUAGAGUUUAACAUCGUAUCACACACAACAGCGGUGGAUGACCAAGGUGAGGAGUCUGGCAAUAAGGAAUUGCUGAAAUUGACACUGGGUAAGUCUACAGCAUCCAGUGACACUCAAACACCCACUGAUACCCAGGAUCCCUUCAACCAUCUCCCAAACAUGGUUGAACAGUUUUUCGACAGCAGACAUUAUGAGAAAGACAGAAAUCACACAGAAGUACCACACUUACCAGAAGACUACCUAUUUGAAGUGGCUGUUGAAGUCAACUUCCUUGUGGCGCCAGAGGAGAAUUGGGACCAUCUUGUGAGAUCACUGUUGAUCUCAGUGAAGUCUCUGAUUAAUGAGCAGUUGGAAAUUGUCCACAUACCCAAAACCCUAUCCUCCAAAAGAAUAAAAAGGUUGAGUGCAGGAGUGCUUUACAUCCUCUGGCUGCAAAUUGGGGGUGGGCCAGAAGGGAUGAAGGAUCACAGGACCCUGCACCCGGCCCUGCAGGAGCUGUUACAGAUGGUGGUUAGCCCCAGGGGCAGCUCAACACAGGGUGUCAUCGUCUCUGUAUCCACCGCUGAUGUGAAUGAGUGUGAGACUCAGCUGGUGCUAUGUGACAUCAACGCUGAGUGUGUGAACCGCUUUGGUUCCUACACAUGCCGAUGCCACUCCGGGUUCGAGGACAUGUCUAGGCUGGGCUCAGGUGGAACCAUUUGCGUGGACACCAAGGCCGCUGAUACGGACCCACACAAUGAGUCGACGAUUACGGUGGAUCAGCAUAGUCCUGAGCAGCAGCACCGUAACACUGGCUGUACUUCAGCGUGGUCCAGCGGGAUGGUCAAAGGCAUCUACGUGGUGUGCUUCCUGCUCAGCUUCCUCAUCCUGCUGCUCCUUGGUACCGUGGGCGUGCUGUACCACCGCCACCACCGGGGUGCCUUCCUGGUCCACUGUCGGCGCAGCAGCCUCGUGAGCGUCCCCCCCAUCCCCCCUCCUGACUACAAAAAUGACGGCAACGACAACACUUCCACCCGCACCAACUCGGAGCUGCCCCCUCCGGUCCCACCCAUACGCCGCCCUAAGGAAGGCUGGGCUCACCCCAAGGACUGCUGCCCCUCGGUGGACCUGCCCCUGCUGCGCUUCAGCCCCCUGCUGCCUCUUGAUGGGUACAUGGAGCCAGGGGAGGGUGUCAAGCUUUGAAGAGAAGAUUGCUCUGUGGUUGUCCUGAAUGUGCAAUUAGAGCAUUGAGACCUGUUCUGGGCAGGUUGACUUCACUGUUUCCUUAGUUCAUUAUUUUUCUGUUUAUCUUUGCCUUUUCUCUAUUGAUGAAAUAUCUUGACUGUUAUUACCUUUUUGUAUUACAUUGUCUGUGUGUAGUUUGGAUGUGCUACUUGAUAUUCUUUGGAUCAUUGUAUAUAGUAUAUUUAACAGAUUAACUUCAAUUAAAUAAAUGUUAAAUUGGCUCUACAUUGAAUAUAUAUUAAAACAAAUAUUUUUUUU